AUGCAUUUUUCUAGUUUGAUUCCCGCUUUGGGGGGUCUUGUGGCUGUUGCCACUGCCUCGCCUCACGGUCUCGGCCUCGGUGUUGGUCUCGGUGUUGAUGUUUCGAUUGGAAAUGGUGCUUCAUCCGCCGCUGAUACCACCUCCAAGGGUCUUGACCUAGCUCCUACCACGUCUACCGCUAGCCAGAAGGGCGGUCUUCCUUCUACUUGCAACUUGGCCAACAGCUGGGAGAACCACGUUCUCUUCGACGGUAUCGCUGCUCCUGCUUCUGGUGCUGCUGCCGCAAUCAAGCUUGGUCUUAACCUUCCCAAUGCUCAGAUCGAGGGUGAGGCUACUCUCGAGCUUGUGGAGGGUUUCCUGACAGAGCCUCGUGUGCGUAUUGGUCUUGGUGCUAUCAAGGCUUACGUCGAGCUUGACAUUUCUGCUUCCGCUGCUGUUCACGAGUCCAUUGAACUUUUCGCUUCUGCUGCUCUUCAGCUUGAGGUCCCUGGUCUUCUUGAGGCUGAGGCCGGUGCUGCUCUGGCUCUUGACCUUGUUGUUGGUGUUGAUGCUGCUAUUGACCUGUCCGCUGGUGUUUACCUUGCCUUCGGUGAGGAGGCUUUCGUUGAGGUUUCUCUUCUCACCAAGGAGAUUGUUGACGUCUCCCUGGAGGGUCUUGUUGCCAAGGCUCUUCCCAUUGGCGUUGCUGCCGAGGUCGACCUCUCUGCUGAGGUUUCUCUCACUCUUGGCCUCCGUCUCCGAACUGAGAUCGAUCUUUCGGCCGAGCUUGACAUUCCUGUUCUCGACAUCGAGGCUGGUGCCAAGGUUGCUGUUUGGGUCAGCCUUUUCGAGUACACUGCUGUUCUCAUCGCCACCGACAACUGCGCCGUCUCCGUCGAUGAGCUCAUUGCUCUCACUCUUGGUCUCGCUGUCGAGCUCAACGUUGAGGUUGGCGACAUUCUCGACAUCAGCCUUGCUCCUACCUUGACCAUCACCCUUGCUACUGCGGCUCAGGCCAAGGUUUGCCAGCCUAACCGCGGUACUCCCGGUGGCUUCAUUGAGCAGCAAGGCAACCCUACUUCCACUCACACUGAGGUCGCCACUCUUUCCACAGUCCCUGCUGGUGGCUCUGACUCUACUACGGACUCUGGUCUUCCUGAUGCCACCGGUUCUGCUGAUGCUUCUGGCUCCGCUGAUGCUACCGGUUCUGCCACUGCUGAUUCUUCUGACGUUUACCCCGUCCCUGGUGCCUCUGGCUCUGAAACUUCCCCUGCUGGUUCUGAGACCACUGGCUCUGGAUCUGUUGCUUCCGCCGGAGCUGAGACUACUGGUGCUGGAUCAGGUGCCUCUGGCUCGGAGACCCAUCCUGCUGGUGCCGAAACCACCGGUUCUGGCUCUGGCUCUGGCGCUUCUUCUGGCUCUGAGACUUACCCUGCCGGCGCUGAGACUACUGGCUCCGGCUCUGGUGCUUACCCCGUCCCUGGCUCCAGUUCUGAAUCUGGUGCCUCUGCUGGUGUUGAGACUACUGGAUCUGGAUCAGGUGCUUAUCCCGUCACCGGUGCCUCUGGCUCCGGAUCAUCUGCUCCUGCUGGCGCUAAGACUACUGGCUCCGGCUCCGGCGCUUACCCCAUUCCUGGUUCCGGUUCUAGCUCCGGUGCUUCCGCCGGUGCCGAGACUACUGGAUCUGGUUCUGGUGCCUACCCCGGUGGCCCUGGCUCCUCUUCCGCUCUCGCCAAGCCCCAGACCACCGGCGAUGUCACCAGCACCGUCACCUCCACCCACGUCUACACCAUAACCAGCUGCGCUGCCUCCGUCAUCAACUGCCCUGCCCGCUACACCCAGAAGAUCGUCACCUCCACCAUCAUCAAGAGCACCUACGUCUGCCCGGCUACCGAGACCGGUGCUGUCCCCGCGACCACCACUGCUCACUCCACCAAGGUCCACGUUCCCGUCACCACCCUCACUGACACUCUCACCACGAUCGUGCCUUGCAAGACCCGAACUACCAAGACCUUCCACCCUCCUACUACUCCCCCUCCUGCUCCUACCGUCACCAUCGUCGACACCACCACCUACUGCCCCGAGGAGGGAAAGACUGCUCAUCCUUCCAAGGCCCAGUCUACUUUCCAGGUCGUCACCACUACUUCUCCCGGCACCAAGGCUUAUGAGGUCCCUAGCCACGCUGCUCCUACUACCGAGGGUGAGGAGAAGCCUACUGCUGAGGUCCCUGUCCCUGGAAAGCCCACUGGCAAGUCUCCCGUUCCUGAGAAGCCUACCGCCGGAUACCUCACCCCCGAGAAGCCCACUGGUGGCAAGCCCGUGGCCCCUCCCGCUCACAGCAUGCCUUACCCUCCCAGCAACGGAACCGUCUCCACCCACGUUCCCGUCUACCCAGCUCCUGUUCCUACCACCGCCGUUCCCGUGGUUCCCGCCCCCGGCACUACCACUGGCUACGCGCCUCCUCCCGCUGUCUCUCAGCCCGGAUCUGUUCCUCCUACAGUCUCUCAGCCUGGCUCUGUUCCUCCCGCUGCAGAGACUCCCGUCUCUACCACUCCUGUUCCCGUCAGUGGUGCCAGCGUGAUGAUAAACGGUUAA